AUUCCCCACCGAGAAAUCCAAACACUUCUCUACCUCUCUCGCCGAAUCCGGACUAUAAAUAAAUACCCACACCCCCCCAACCCACUACAGAUCGAUUCUCAUGGAGAAACCCGCCGGAGCGGGGCUCUGUAGCUCGGGGCGGCGGUUCUUGAGGAACGCCGCCAGAUCGCUGAAACGCCGGCGGUGGUGGUAUGUCCGGGUCGGGCAGGAGCCGGAGAAGGAGGGCGUGCCGGCGGGCCACUUGGCGGUUUACGUGGGGGAAGCGGAGGGUGCCACGUGUAGGGCGGUGGUGCCGGUCGUCUACUUCAACCACCCUCUCUUCGCCAGUCUGUUGAAGCAGGCCGAGACCGUCUACGGGUUCGAUCAGCCCGGCGGGAUCCGGAUUCCUUGCCGGGUAUCGGAGUUUGAGAGCGUUAAAUCAAGAAUCGCCGCCGACGACGGCCGCCACCGCCGAAGCUAGAGUCGCCAGAAUUAAGUGGUCGUCAUAUACUAAUAUCAUGUGAUGGCCCAUAUAAGUAAGUAGAUGUGAUAGUUGUAACAUGUAUGAGGAAGUCUUGUCAUGGCCAAAAAAGGCCUUUUUUAUUUAUUUAAAAAAAAAUUUUUAUAUUUAUUUUUUCGUUUGAGGAAGCACUAGCGUAGAAGAAAACAAUUGAAAAUAUUAUCAAUGUUAAUUAGAAGGUGUUUAAUAGGGUUAUGAAACUUAUGUUAAUGCUUCAUCUUACAAAUAACAUCUCAACGUUAAG